GCGUAGAAGACUUCGUUUCUACUCUAGUUUGAGGUUAUAACCUAUUUGAUCAAAAUUAUGAUUUCGAACUCAACAUUUUCGAGCCUAUACUUGACGUGGAGAACUAGCCUAGUUCUUGUAUGAAACAUCUUGUGUUUAAAACGCAUUUACUACACUAUAAAUAAAAUUAUCUUCUUCUAGUGUGGUGUUUUGAGACUAUGAAGGAUUGUAGGCCUAUAGGAAUUUGCAAUGAAGUGAAGACGAAUCUUGAAAUAUUAAUCUCUGGUAGGCCUAUUUUCAAUAACGCGUAGAAUAUUUUGGGUCUAUGGAUCAAAGUUACGGUUUUUAGACUGUAACAAAAUCAGCCUAUUGAUGAGGAUGAACUCCGUGGGAGGUACGUUGGAUUCAAUCCAUAUCAAGGACAUCCGUCCGGGAUUGAAGAACUUUUCUGUCACGUUUAUCGUUCUGGAUGUGGGUCAGCCUGUGCUACUGAAGGAGAACAGAGAAGUAAGGACUUUGAAAGUUGCAGAUGCUACGGCUUGUAUUAAUCUGUCCCUGUGGGACGAACCAGGAGCUGUUAUUGCACCCGGGGACAUCAUUAGACUGAGCAAAGCCUACGCAGGAGUGUGGCGUAACGCACUUACCUUAUACUCGGGCAAAAACGGUGAUAUUGAUAAAAUAGGGGAGUUCUGUUUAGUUUUCAACGAACAGCUUAACAUGAGUGAACCUAAUUUGAACUUAUCAAACCCAAUUGGAAACCAACCCGGAGGUGGUGUGCCGAAUUUGAACAGUAAUAUAAAUAACGGUAGUGCUAAUAGCAUAGGUACACUCCAGAACAGACCCGCUCCUCUGCUACCUGCUGCAAGUGAUCGGAAAAACGCCCCUCGAUACUCGGGAGAGAGAACCAGAGAGACCUCCAUUCCUGCGGGGAAACACUCGGGGAAAAGUGGACCUAAGAGUGGGGGCAGAGGGGGUCAACGGAAUGUGAUUCGGAAUGAUAAAAGAUAAUUUAAUAAUGCAUGCGUUAAUAGUGAAGUAAUGAGUUUUAACAAAUUUUAUUCAAAUAGGCUACUACGCCUACAUACUUUUUUUAACUCAAACAUUUUAAUUUUUUAAUAUUUUAUCUAAAGUUUGAUUAAAUAUAUAUUUAUUUAAAAUAGGUAAAGUAUAAACAUGCAGAUGGAUAUUUUGUUAAAUGGUAAAUUUUUCUGUUGAUUUUAGUAAAGUAAUAAGGUUUAAAAGAUUUAGUUCAAAGUACCUACUGUUUUAAUGAAAAUAUCUUGUAUAACUUUUAAAACCUGAAGUCAUUAUAUCAUAGACUAACUAACAGAAAAUAGGCCUAGUCUUCUCAUCCCAUUGUAUAACCUGUAGCUUGUUUUUUAAGUGCGGUUCACGUUGGUGGUGUUAAACGCUAAUUUCAACAACAUUUUCUCUCUCUUUUUUUGGAGUAAAUUUUAUGAUUAGUGCUCUACUGUUGUUCUACUGUUGUUUGGUUAUAAAACCCUGGACAAGCUAUUGUUCAUAAUUACACAAUUUUAUUUGGUUUUAAACUAGUUUUAAUAGCCUACCCCUGCCGCAACAAGCCUGCAGACUAAGCGAAUUUCAACUUCUCUGAUUACAUUUUUACUAAAAUAUUUCUAUAAAUAAGACAUAUUUAUUCCCAAUUUAAAUAACAUUAGAUAUAACGAGUGCUUAGGUUUGCUGCUACGGGGAAGAUAAAAAGUGUUUUUUGACCAUACGUCAAUAGCAU